CCGCCCCGCACGAUGGUUCCCUCUUUCCGCCUCCUACCCGGGGCGCGCCUCUCGAUAAUGUCCUGGGGAGUUAUAUACUUACUAUUGUAUUAUAGUCAUGGCGUGUAUCUAUAUGGCUUAAGUGUCUUAGAAUCUCGAUCCUAGAUAUAUAAGAGAAAACAGCAAAGAAAGGAGAGAGCUAAGAUAGAAAGAGCGGCACUCGCUGCGCGUGCAGUGGGUGCAGAUGUGCCGCGCAUGUUCGCAGGAGUUCCGACGCCAGUAAGUGGGGCGUGUGGUGUGAUUCUCUUACCAUGGGCACCAGUGCGUUUUGUUGGUGCUUGGCUUAAGUUUCUGGCGAAGUGUGCCUGAUAGAUAGUAUACCUGCAGAAUGGAUCCUGGACCCGCAACGUACCAGGAGAGACCGAGGGCCUUCCAGUCGGGCAAAGCCUUGAAAAACUGGGGCGCCUCCUCUGCUAUUUGUUAAGACGCCACCAGAAUGAAGCGAACAGCUCCGGCAUUUCUCCGAGGGGUAGGGGUUUCGUCUUCAGUAGCUUUCUACUCGUGUGUAGAAUGGGACGAAGCUAGUAAGUAUGACAAAGAAGCACCCAGACAGAGACGCUGACGCUGGGGCCGAGCUCUACUCUGCUCAUGGCUUGAGGAGCCAAACGUGGCGGACAUGCCCGCCGCGCAACAGAUCGCGCACCUCAAUAGGACAGCAGUCUACUGGAGAAACGAGACGGCCAGACUGAAGGUGGAGGUGAUGAGGGAUAAGCUGGAAGGUAGACAGCAGCACUUAGAACCACAACAAGCGGCAAAGGACGCAGCCGAAGAGGAAAAAACUAGAGUGGAAUGGUACAGGUGA